AGUACUGUCAGCAUCAGAAAAUAGUCUUGCUUUAUCCUCUCCUUUCUAUAAUGUAGCAAAGACGCCUUAUAAACGAGGAGCAAAGCGACCCUGCAGAUGACGGUUUAUGGUUUUCCCUAUCAAUCAAAUGCAUUUGUGUUGCCUUGCAAUAGCACUGAAUCAUUCAUGGAGCACUCUGUUACUUUACAUUUGUGGCAGUGGGUUAACCCGUUGGGACCGCAUAAACUGAUGAGGCGGUGCGGAAAACGCGAACCCGGCUUCUCGCAGCCUUUAUCGCAGCUGGUUGAUUACAACAGCUUGAGCGGCUUUCGCCCGCAUCGCGCGGCCGCGGCGCCCGCCCUCCGCGGGAGCGCUCGGGACGCGGAUCGGGGCGGAGCGGCCGGUCCCGCCCCGCUCUCCCGCCGCCCCCCGGCUCCCUCCCGCUCCCUGCUUCCCUCCCUCCCUCGCUGGGUGCCGCCGGCGCUGGCGGAGCAGCAGGCGGGCGGGAUGGCGGCGCGGGUGCGGGUGUUGCUGCUGGCGCUGUGCACGGUGCUCGCUGCCUGCCGGGCCGCGGCAGAGCCGGCGGCGGGGGCAGCCAGCCGGCGGCGGCGGCUGAGCGCCGAGGAGGGCAUCUCCUUCGAGUACCACCGCUACGCCGAGCUGCGGGAGGCGCUGGUGGCCGUGUGGCUGCAGUGCCCCGCCAUCAGCAGGAUCUACACGGUGGGGCGCAGCGCCGAGGGCCGGGAGCUCCUUGUCAUCGAGAUCUCGGACCGUCCCGGCGAGCACGAGCCCGGAGAGCCAGAAUUUAAAUAUGUUGGGAAUAUGCAUGGGAAUGAAGCUGUUGGAAGAGAGUUACUCAUCUUCUUGGCGCAGUACUUGUGUAAUGAAUACCAGAAAGGAAAUGAUACUAUUAUCAACUUGAUCCAUAGCACACGUAUCCAUAUCAUGCCAUCUUUGAACCCAGAUGGCUUUGAGAAGGCAGCAUCCCAGCCUGGUGAACUUAAAGACUGGUUUGUUGGUCGGAGCAAUGCCCAAGGGAUAGAUCUAAACCGAAAUUUUCCCGAUCUUGAUAGAAUAGUUUACGUUAAUGAGAAAGAAGGUGGCCCAAACAACCAUCUUCUGAAGAACAUGAAAAAAGCUGUGGACCAGAAUCCCAAGCUUGCUCCUGAAACGAAAGGUGUCAUUCACUGGAUUAUGGAUAUUCCCUUUGUGCUCUCUGCCAAUCUUCAUGGAGGAGACCUUGUUGCAAACUACCCUUAUGAUGAGACUCGGACUGGCAGUGCUCAUGAGUACAGCUCCUGCCCUGAUGAUGCUAUUUUUCAAAGCCUGGCUCGCAGUUAUUCUUCUUUUAACCCUGCUAUGUCUGAUCCGAACAGACCACCGUGUCGUAAAAAUGAUGAUGACAGCAGCUUUGUGGAUGGAACAACUAAUGGUGGUGCAUGGUACAGUGUCCCAGGAGGAAUGCAGGAUUUCAAUUACCUCAGCAGCAAUUGCUUUGAAAUCACAGUGGAGCUUAGCUGUGAAAAAUUCCCACCUGAAGAAACUCUGAAGGGCUAUUGGGAGGACAACAAGAACUCUCUUAUAAAUUACAUUGAGCAGAUUCAUCGAGGAGUGAAGGGGUUUGUAAAAGAUCUUCAGGGCAAUCCCAUAGCAAAUGCUACAAUUUCUGUGGAGGGGAUAAGCCAUGAUGUUACAUCAGCCAAGGAUGGUGAUUACUGGAGAUUGCUUGUGCCUGGAAAUUACAAAGUUACGGCCUCAGCACCAGGCUAUCUAGCAAUAACUAAAAAAGUGGCUGUGCCCUUCAGCCCUGCUGUUGUGGUUGAUUUUGAACUGGAGUCAUUGUCUGAAAGAAAAGAAGAGGAAAAAGAAGAGUUGAUGGAAUGGUGGAAGAUGAUGUCAGAGACACUAAAUUUUUAAAUAAGGAUUUUAGCUUUACAGCUUUUAAUCUAUUAUAUGUUGACUUAGUUUAAUGUACUGUGGAAACUCCCUAUAUUCUAGAUUUUGUGCACUUCACAAUAAUUAACUUUGAAUUUUUCAGUCAUCUUUUGAUUAAUAUGAUUACAAAUAACUACUAGCCUCCUAGGUAGAUAAUUAAGUUAUUAAUUUUCUUUCAUAUUGUUAUAGAAAAUUUACUCUUCUAUAAAAAUCAGAAAAAAUGAAUGAAUAUGCAGCCUAUAUGACAGUAAAAUCUGUUGUGUAUUAUUUGCAAGUUCAGAAUAUGUAGGUUAACACUUGAUUUUAAAAAAGAAAUAUGCUGUAGUCGAUUACUGAUAUUGCCAGAAAUAUUUGACAGUGCAUAGUAGUAGACAGUGUUCUUUACUGAGUUCUAUAAUGGAUGUUAUUGAAAAGAUUUAUAAUAACAGUGUGUGGUGAAAUAAUGUUUUACAAGGAUUAAAAUUCAGUAUAACACUUUGUAUGUCUCUGGUGUUGGAGCUAUUUAAAUAUGUAAGAAACACAAACUGACUUCAUUUUAGUAAGAUGAAAGAAUCUGCGUAAACUCUUUAAUAAAAGAUGGCAUAGAAUGAAUUCAGGAAAAAGCAGAGCUUUAUUCCUUAAACAGGUGAUAAUGUUUGAAGAUCAAGUUUUAAUUAUUUCUCAUUACUUGUUAAACAAAUUAGAAAUUCUGAGUGGAAGAAGAAGAGCUAGUGCAUCUCAUAUGCUGCUUGUGUUUGUUUUACGGCAAGAAAAGAAAUCAUUUCAGGUGAAGUCUGUUUUAAUUAAAUAAUUACCUUUUCAACAAUCUUUACUUGUAUCAGUGAUGUCUAGAUAAUCAGCUAAAAGUUUGUCUUUUCACUGAAGGCUAUCAAAAUAUUACAGUUUAGACAAUGAACUGGAAAUCUACUGAGAUUGUAUUUUUAGUGUUGCAAGUCAAGAAUGGAUUUGUUUCAAACUCUGUUUCUGCUGCUGGCUAGUGUUAUCUAAAACUAGAAACAAGACAGAUAAGUGAAACUUUUUUCAGCGUGGUGAAAUUUUCAGAAAAUUGUUGAAUGUGAUACAAAAGCAACUUUGAUUUAAAACAAUUCCUUUUGGUCCCUUUUUGGUUUUUUAUACUUUAAUUAGCAUGCUAUAGUAUUUUGGCCAAGAUGAGUGAAAUUUGCAGAGCCAGAGAAUACACAUGGACCAUAGUAGGUGCAGGUUUUGUGUAAUUCUUCGGAAGUGACUCCUGGUAUGCUACUUGAGAUAAGCUAAGCAUUUCAUCUGUUUGAAAGCUUACAUAUAUUGCUAGUCUAUUUUAAUUCAAGAUCAGAUAUUUGAUAUAGAUUUCCUUCCUCUGUUUUUUUAAUACCAGUCUCUGUGUUUCGGUUAGCGUAUUAUUUUAGCUGAUGCUCGUUCGGAACCAAUCAAGAGUGGACUAUCACACUCCUGCUGUAAGUGAAAAAUCACAUAUUCAGGGGUAGGAUCCAAAUUUACCUCCUUUGGGUAUUUAAAAAUUUACUGCAAAUACUGUUUUCUGAGAAUUUAAAAUUCUUUAAUAAAAAUAGCACUUGAUCCUUUUAAGGAACAGGCUUAAGGUUUGACAUACAAUGGUAAACUGAACAGCAAUAAAAAGCAUAAACUUUCUCUCUUUGAUGAAGAAUCUGUGAUGUAACCUGCAGCUCAUGAGGUUGUAGAUGUUUGACUCCAAAUUUCAGAGGAAAUUUACUUAAUAUAAGUCAUUGUAUAGUGAUGAGCUUUGAAUCUCCACUGCAAUGAAAAACCCCAGUGGCAAAUAAAGAAUCUUAUCUGAAUGUGUCUUAAUCACACCUUGUGGCUAGCUGUGCACAAGAGCAUGCAUAAAGGAUGCCUGGUUACACCAAAUUGGGUGUCUAUGACAAUUUGAAAGGCCAAGAUGUGGCACAGAACACAUUCUGUGUCUGUGAGUAAUGAUCUUGUUUUUAAUUGAACCAGGUAAAGUUGAAGUAAAUGGUAUAAAAAUGAAGUAUAACAAGAUGUUGCUGUCAUAUGGGCAAAUGGCUACAGGAGUGUAAACUAAUGUAAUAAGGCAAGUGUAUAUUUGUACAGAACACCCUGGUCUGCCUCUUCCAAACCUAAGAAUUUCAAUCCAAAUGACACUUCUUCAUGGUACGAUGCCUGUCAUGCAUCCAGUCUUCUUGUGGCAUAGUUAAUGCAGACGUUACAUCAAAGUGAUCUCAUAACAGGUUUCUAAUCCACACCUGUGUGAUGUGUGUGAGAUCCUCUGGUCUACUGUUUCAUGCAUUUGCAAUUAAAUGUGGUGUCCCUUAAGUGAUCUGUUUGUUGUGCUCUAGAUGACUGCUUGCUAUUACUGUGUUAAGAAAAGGUUAAAGUGAUUAAAUGUUACAGCACCAGAACCACUGCCACUGUUCUUGCUCUAGGUAAACAUCCUUAAGAACAGCAUAGCCAGGACUCUCGAUAAAUUAACUCAUUAUGUAGCUUGCUGAGCUGAGCUGUGUUGUAGGACUGUGUAUGUUUAAUGGAAGAUUAAAGUGUUAUGUGAUGCUGAGCUUUUGGUUAAAAAGGCACAUGCUGUACUAUUGUACAAUAAAUCUACAGUUUUAUUUAAAAUGUAAAA